AUGGAUGUUCGGGUAGAAAUCUGCAUCGAUAAUUUCGAAUCGGCGCAAAAUGCCGUUGAAGGAGGUUGCGAUCGCAUCGAAGUAUGCAGCGCGUUGGAGCUCGGCGGUCUGACGCCGUCCGUCGGUUUCGUCUCGAAUUUGAGCCUCAAAUUCCCCGACACGCCGCUGAUGUGCAUGAUUCGGCCGCGUUUGGGCAAUUUCGUGUACAUGCAAGAGGAAAUGGAAGCGAAUCUCGAAGACGUCGAAUGGCUCAAAAAAGCGGGCGCUUCCGGCUUCGUGUUUGGCGCGUUGACCGCCGAAGGCGAUCUCGAUCGCUCCGCGUGUCAGUCGAUCAUCGACGCCGCGCGUCCGCUGCCGGUCACACUGAAUCGCGCCAUCGACGUGUGCUCGGACUGGCGCAAUUGUCUCGACGAGGCCAUUGAGAUCGGCUUCAAAGCGGUGCUCACCAGCGGUCAGGAGCCGUGCGCUCUCGAUGGUGUCGACGUCAUCAAGGAGAUGAACGACAUCGCCAAGGAUCGCGUCGAUAUUCUUGUUGGCUGCGGGGUGAACAGCUCGAACAUUGCCAAUUUGAUCGAAUGGACCAAAUGCAAAUGGUACCACGCGUCGGCGUCGGUUGUUAAGAAGAAAGAGGUGAACUCUCUUGCCAUGGGUCGUCGAGACAUUCAUCCGCUUCGAAUCGCGUCGCUUGAAGAGGUGAAAGCGCUAAAGGACCCGAACAAUUAUUAA